AUGGCAUCCGAGUUGCCUUUCGAAAUCACACGCCGUAUUGCCGACUUUAUUCAGCGCAGAGAUAGAGCUCAAAGCUGUCUCGUAUGCAAAGCUUGGUUACCGGUUUUUCAGGAAUCACUUUUUGAAGAAAUAGUCAUUAACGAUUAUAUCAGAUUCGCUGAGUCAGUGGAUAUAUCUUGUUCAAGAAACAAACUUCUUCAAAGAUAUGGCAAAAAAACCCGAACUCUCCACAUAAGUGAAAACACCUUAAUAAAUGGUCAACAGAUAUUAGCUCUCCAACAAUAUUUACCACACCUACACCGUUUCAAGUGGGAUAGUACAUGCAUUGACGAAAACUCGUUUGUUACCGAUCCUGGAUGGAAUUUAUGGAGCUCUAUCACAUACCUCGAGGUGAACGUAGAAAAUUAUGACUCCAGUACACUUCCACAUGUAUAUUAUUCGAUCAUCUCUAAUCUCGGUCAGCUGAAACGACUAGAAUUCAAAUCCAUAUUCAAUGCAAAAAUGUUUAAGCAAACGGUUGAGGACAUCGAGUUUCUUAAUGAUAAACUACCAAAGCUAACGUACUUGUCAUUGGGAGUUCAACUUGAAUCAAUAAAUCAAAGACGUGAAGCCAAUGCCUGA